AUGGAGCAUAUUCUCUCUAGACAAAAACAACUUCUUUUUUGUUCUUCUCAUGAUAAUGGUGAUGUGUUGCGGACAGAUGAGUCUUUGAGGAGUGAACUUGAGAAAUUACAGCUUGCUAUUGAGUAUGUCUCUCAUUCCUGGACAAAACUUGAGAGAUUUGUGGGAAUCACCCUCCUUUGCUUAGAUGAAAAGGCUCAUAUCAAGAUUGCUGAUGGUAAGAAAAGUUCUGUAGUCUUGGUAUCUGAAGCUGCAAAGAUGGACCAAAUGAAUCGAGCGCAGGGUGAAGCUGAAACAAUACUGGCUAGAGCACAAGCAACUGCUAGAGGCCUUGCCAUAGCAAUAAUAAUUCAACCGUUCAGUAACAUUGCCAAGGAGGGUGUGACAAUGUUGCUUCCAAGUACGACUUCAAAUCCUGUUUGCAUGAUUUCUCAAGAUUUAACAGUGUACAAAAGCCUUGUGAACCAAGAUCCAAAGAGAGAUGACCAAGAGACAUCAGCAAUGGAAGGUGACUGGGAAAGAUAA